AGAGCGGAGAGAGUGAGGAGGCUGCGUCUGGCUCCCGCUCUCACAGCCAUUGCAGUACAUUGAGCUCCAUAGAGACAGCGCCGGGGCAAGUGAGAGCCAGACGGGCACUGGGCGACUCUGUGCCUCGCUGAGGAAAAUAAUUAACCAUGGGCAAAGGAGAUCCUAAGAAGCCGAGAGGCAAAAUGUCAUCAUAUGCAUUCUUUGUGCAAACUUGCCGGGAGGAGCACAAGAAGAAGCACCCAGAUGCUUCAGUCAACUUCUCAGAGUUUUCUAAGAAGUGCUCAGAAAGGUGGAAGACCAUGUCUGCUAAAGAGAAAGGAAAAUUUGAAGACAUGGCAAAGGCUGACAAGGCCCGUUAUGAAAGAGAAAUGAAAACUUAUAUUCUCCCUAAAGGGGAAACAAAAAAGAAGUUCAAGGAUCCCAAUGCACCCAAGAGGCCUCCUUCGGCCUUUUUCUUGUUUUGUUCUGAGUAUCGCCCAAAAAUCAAAGGAGAACAUCCAGGCCUAUCCAUUGGUGAUGUUGCAAAGAAACUGGGAGAAAUGUGGAAUAACACUGCUGCAGAUGACAAGCAGCCUUAUGAAAAGAAGGCUGCUAAGCUGAAGGAAAAAUAUGAAAAGGAUAUUGCUGCAUACCGAGCUAAAGGAAAGCCUGAUGCUGCAAAAAAGGGAGUCGUCAAGGCUGAAAAGAGCAAGAAAAAGAAGGAAGAGGAGGAGGAGGAGGAAGAUGAAGAGGAUGAGGAGGAGGAGGAAGAUGAAGAAGAUGAAGAUGAAGAAGAAGAUGAUGAUGAUGAAUAAGUUGGUUCUAGCGCAGUUUUUUUUUUCUUGUCUAUAAAGCAUUUAACCCCCCUGUACACAACUCACUCCUUUUAAAGAAAAAAAUUGAAAUGUAAGGCUGUGUAAGAUUUGUUUUUAAACUGUACAGUGUCUUUUUUUGUAUAGUUAACACACUACCGAAUGUGUCUUUAGAUAGCCCUGUCCUGGUGGUAUUUUCAAUAGCCACUAACCUUGCCUGGUACAGUAUGGGGGUUGUAAAUUGGCAUGGAAACUUAAAGCAGGUUCUUGUUGGUGCACAGCACAAAUUAGUUAUAUAUGGGGAUGGUAGUUUUUCAUCUUCAGUUGUCUCUGAUGCAGCUUCUACGAAAUAAUUGUUGUUCUGUUAACUGAAUACCACUCUGUAAUUGCAAAAAAAAAAAAAGUUGCAGCUGUUUUGUUGACAUUCUGAAUGCUUCUAAGUAAAUACAAUUUUUUUUAUUAGUAUUGUUGUCCUUUUCAUAGGUCUGAAAUAUUUCUUCUUGAGGGGAAGCUAGUCUUUUGCUUUUGCCCAUUUUGGAUCACAUGGAUAAUUACAGUGUUUAUCUUUUCAUAUAGUUAGCUGAUAAAAAAAAGCUUUUGUCUGCACCCUGCAUACUCAUGAUGAGGGUAAUAAAAGUUGAAUUGAGACAGUUUUCAUCCAUAA